UCUGGGCCAUAAAUCGAACAGGGCUUCCUGAGACCAUCUGUAAUGUCUCUCUUCUACAUGGUGCUUCGUGAUCGGCCCUGCUUCAUCGGCUAUACCUGCAUAACGAGCAUGCGUAAUCCUUGAAGAUAAAGAUAAGUUACCGAGAGAGACAAGAAGCAAUGGGGGUGGAACAAGCAGCAACAUCGUCUUCUAGUUUGAGAAACCUGCACAUCAUCUCCCGUAUUCCCAAAUCUCCAUCUGUAAUUCACUGUCCAAACCUUUUUCCUUCCGUCUCUCCCUACAAAAGUCACUCUUAUAGGUGGAAUGGUUGCCUCAAGUGCUCCAUGAAUGAUUACAAAGACCAGUUCUACGCUAAUAAUGAUCGCCUCCAGCCUCAGGUGUCGUACCCUAAACCCUCGGUGGUUCCUUGGAUGAAGGAGCUCUGCAAUUCCGUCAAUCUAAUCGGCGUCGUCGCCGUUCCUGUAGAAAUUAAGCACUUUCCCUCCGGAAAAGUGGUCGCCUGGACCCGCCUUGCCGUUAAGAAAAACGCCACCCAAUCAUUCUGGAUAAACUUGACAUUCUGGGAUGAGCUUGCACAUGUUGCUUUUCAGCAUGUAGAGAAACGCCACCAAAUUUAUGUUUCUGGUCGCCUGGUUACAGAUACUGUCCAAAGUAACUUGGGGAAGCAGCAAACCUACUACAAGGUGUUUGUUCAGCAGCUGAAUUUCAUUGAUAGGAGUCAAUUACCAGCAUUGACAAACAAUCGCGAGUCUGAUUCCGUGAUGACUGGCAAGUCAUCUUUCAUUUCAGAUAGAAAAGGAAAUUCUGGUGCAACUAAUAAUACUGGUUCUGCUGAAGAAUUAUGGCAAUUGUUUUUUGCUAAUCCAGAGGAGUGGUGGGACAACAGGAAAAAAAAGAGGAACCCAAAGUAUCCUGAUUUCAAGCACAAAGAUACAGGGGAGGCUUUGUGGGUGGAGGGCAGGUCCAAUCCACCAUGGGUCAAGUCGCAGCUGGAAAUAAUGGAUGCGAGGAUGGAGCUUUUUCCUGAUCAAAAUGCUAAGAUGCUUGUAAACAAGGCGGCUGCUGAUGAAUUCUUGUCUUUCUAAAAGCUUGUGCAUUUGAUUUUGACGGGGAUAUAUACUUUGUACAGUUCCGUUUUACACUUCGAAUGCAAAUUAUAGUUCUAGUCCAGCAACUUACGCUAUUGAUUUGUCGUGCUAAAUUUUCUGCGCUGAUUACGCACAUGUAUCUUAUUUGCCUCAUUACUAUUAAUGUCGGGACCGGCUUCUAAAACAUUUUUUUGUCGUUAUAAUAGAAAAUGACUGUAUAUUGCUA